CAGUCAAUAACAUUCACAGAAUUCAAUUUUUUGACUUUGUGGCUUUUCGAUUGAAUCCGCUGAUCAAAGUUUGAUGUAAUUAGUAGUGUUAUAUCGCGAAAUAACUAGUUUUGGGUGCAUUAAAUCGAUGCAUUUCCUGUGAGUGUUUCGGUUGAUUAAAAUAAUCGAUGAUAAGGUUCAUUAACUCGAUCUACUAGCGAAAACCAAACGGGCAGACAGCAAAAAAGGACCAGGGUCGGCCAUUUUGUCAGGUCAGACCGGCUGCACAACAUCAGAAUAUAAAUCGGAACAAAUCCCGGAUCCGAAAAAUAAAAUAAAAGGAACGCCGUGUUUCCCUGAAAGCGACCAUCGGACGAGACUCAGCCACUACGUCAGAAAAACUCGACCUCGUCUGGUCAGGAUCGCCGCAACGAUUAUUGAUUGAAGCUCUCUUGUCAGAGACAUGAUUGAUCUGCAUAGCUUGAACUAAACUGGUUUAGAGCUCACAUACUACAAUGACCUACGACACAGGUGGGCGACCAGUAGAACCACCGGAGGAGCAAAAUGACGUCACACAGAACGUGGAACAACAGGAACCGACCCCGGAAGAACUAUUGGCCAGCUUUCCAGAAGAAAAACUAUCAUCAUUGAAUGUCAAGAUAUCCAGUUCUCGUUGGGUUGUCCCAGUGCUGCCUAAUCAGGAAUUGGAAUGUCUUUUGAAUGCAGCAAUUCUUCUAUCUCAAGCUGGAAUCGAUGACAAAUGCGAACCAUGCAUAAAGUUCUAUAGCGAUGGACUAACAACCUCAUUCAUGAAGAUUCUCACCGACGAAGCGGUUUCGUCUUGGAAGUACAACAUUCAUCACUGCAUUCUGAUGUCAUGCAGCAAGCUAUUGCACCUGAUAGCCCUGCACAUGAAGGACGACAAUCCACACCUGCUAAACCUUCUGGCCGUUGUGUUUGAUCCGGAAAACAAGUUUCACACUCAAAAUGCAUCACGGCAAAUGGAACUUCAUCUUUCACUGGGGGAAUCGGAGGAACCUCUGCAGGAGGGAAAAAUUUUCGCCAGACCCCCUUUAGAGCCAAAGAAUCCUCGUGGUUGGUUAGUUGAUCUGAUCAAUCGUUUCGGUGAAUGCAAAGGAUUUGACAACUUUCUAGAGCGAGUGAACGUUGGCAUAGCUCUGUUUCGAAAACAAAAAGAAAUCGCAUCCAGCAAAAGUUUAGAAUCGUUCGAUGAAUCUGUUUGGUCAAAAACCAGCGCCACAACUUCAGUUAGCACCGCUGGAGCUAGCACCGAAGAGACUGGAAAAUUGUCAUUACUCCUACUGCACACUUUACUGCGGCCCUUCGGACAGUGCGCCGAACUGUUGACGGUGUCUACCAUAGAGAAAUACUUUAUGCCCAUCUGGGACGUGCUGCCCGAAAUCCUGGAAACGCUAUCCGACAAUGAACUGAAACGUGAGGCUAAUUUUAAGGGGAAAAAUGAUAUUAUUAAUGGUACCGUCAAGUAUGCCCGUGCCUUAAUCAAUCGUGUUCCCAGUCAGGAAAAUCUGCUGCGCGCCUUAGAAAUGUGUCGACUGAGAAUUAUUCUGCGUGUUCUACAAGUAUCCAGCUUCAAUGGGAAAAUGAAUGCACUCAACGAAAUCAACAAAGUGCUUGGUUACGUGUCGUACUAUCCUCACCGUCAAAUGGCAGACGACGAAAUCGAUGUCCUGAAUGCAGAAAAAAUGGCGGCAUGGAUCCGAGACAAUGAUGUGUUGGGAAUUGUGCUACGCGAUUGCUUACAUCAGCCACAGUACGUCGAAAAGCUGGAAAAAAUCCUGAGAUUCCUCAUCAAAGAGAAGUCGCUCUCAUUCAACGAUCUGGAUGCAGUUUGGCGUGCCCAGGCCGGCAAGCACGAGGCCAUAGUAAAAAAUGUACACGAUCUUCUAGCAAAGCUGGCUUGGGAUUUCAACGCGGAACAACUGGAUCAUCUUUUCCAGUGCUUUCAGGCCAGCAUGAAGACCGCUAACAAAAAACAAAGAGAACGGUUAUUGGAACUGAAUCGUCGUCUCGCCGAAGAUGACAAAAAUGGUGUAAUGGCGCAGAAAGUUUUGAAAUUAUUCUGGACGUUGGCUCACAGUGCUGACAUUCCUCCGGAGGUACUGGAUCAGGCGCUGGCUUCUCAUGUUAAGAUUUUGGAUUACAGCUGUUCUCAGGAGAGGGAUGCUCAAAAAACGAUGUGGUUGGACAAGUGCGUAGAAGAACUGAAAGCGGGUGACGAGUGGGCGUUGCCUGCUUUGCGUUUGAUAAGAGAGAUUUGUACGCUGUACGAAACUACCUCGAGUCAUGCCCCAAGGGUGCAUCAAGUGCUCACAAGGCAGCAGGUCAUUGACAGACUACAGAAUGAUCAUACUCUUGUAAUUCUAGUGACAUCCAGUUUGACCUCGUACAUGGACAAAGUACGUGCCCAAGUCAAGCUGAAUCCGUUGUUGAAUCCAAUGCAUCUGAUGUUGGAUAAACGAUAUCCUCACCCACAACAAAUUCAGGAGAGGUUAGAGUUUCUAAAAUUUCUCCUGAAGGAUGGACAAUUGUGGUUAUGCGCCGAACAGGCCAAACAGAUUUGGCAAUGUUUGGCAGAGAACGCAGCAUUUCCAAGUGAUCGCGAGGAAUGUUUCCGUUGGUUCGGAAAGCUGAUGGGCGAUGAGCCGGAUUUAGAUCCAGGAAUCAAUAAGGACUUUUUCGAGAAUAAUCUUCUCAAACUAGAUCCCGUGCUACUGACCGAGAGCGGUAUCAAGUGUUUUGAGCGUUUUUUCAAAGCGGUUAAUUCCAAAGAGGAACGUCUGAAAGGCAAACAACGCGGUUACGUACUCGAUAAUGAAGAUUUAAUUGGAAAAGAUUACCUCUGGCGAGUGAUUACAGAUGCCGAUGAAGAAAUUGCCUGCAAGGCAAUCGAUCUGCUUAAAGAAGUUUCCACUGCUCUAGGAACGAGACUUCAAGCGAAUGUAUGCGCGUUUCACGAGAAUUUCAUCAGCGAAUGCUGUGAUAUGCUUCAAGGAUACUGCGAGACUGUGCAAAAUGAUAUGAUGGAUGAGAACGCUAAGAUAGUAGAAGAUGAUAUUAUCUGUAGAAGACUGCAAACAGCAGAAAAAAUGUGCCGGGUGGUACGAGCUCUCCAGGAGUACAUCAAACAAUGUGAUAGAAAUUAUACAGGGGAUCGAGUACUGCUCCCGCUAAGUAGAGCCUCGCGCGGAAAGCACAUUAAUUUGUCUAUCCGUUUCCAGAAUUCAGGUCGGCAGCUAGAGGAUUUGGUGGUGGUUACGCAUAGCAAUGAAACGAUAUUCUCCUUCCAGCGCAACCUUCUGAAAAGAAUUAAAGCCACUACCAACAAUUUGAAAGUAGCUCUUUUCAACUGCAAUGGAGAAUUGAUCGAAAUACAUGACGAUCGAAAUCCCUUGUCUCACUACAACAUUCGUGACAAAUCGCUAAUAACCGUUAAACUCACACCCAGUGGAUCUGGAAUAGCCAGCUCCCCUGAUAGUUCCAGUGAUAGUAGCUCCGGUUCUCCACCUCGACCUUGCCCAGAUAUGGUGCGAUCAGAGUCGGAGGAAAUGCUGCCAGGAGUAAUCAUUUCGCAAAAACCAAUGUACGUAGAAUUUUUCCUCAAAAUUUACCAGCUGGGAAGCGAUCUACAACAUGAUUUGUUGAGAGACAGUUGCAGCUUCCUGCUGCAUCUACUUCCCUUGGAUGGACUGACAGUGAGAAACAUUCAGGCUAUGUGCAGCUUUAAUUCUGAUGUUACGAAUAGCACUGGUAUCCCAACUCCGGAAUCGCUCUUCAUCGAUCAAACUCCGGCGCGCGUGCUUUACAAUCUGGAAGUCUUGCACGCAAUGUUACUGCCAGCUCUUGACCCUGGCAGUGAAUUGACACUACUUCUACAAUCGUCGUGGCUGCACUGCGGCGCAGCCCAUUUUAUCCUCGAUUUGCUAACAAAGAACAACUUUUUGCCAACUGCCGACAUGCACACCAAACGUGCCGCCUUUCACUGCGUGCUUAAGCUAGUCAAAUUCUUCCUCUACAUUGUAGGAUGCGUACUCAGUACGGUAGGAAAAGAUCCUUUGAUUGCGCAGGUUUCGCAGGUGGAAAUUCUCAAGCAAGCCAUUCAAGCAAUUACUGGCAGUUCUGAGCUAACUAUCCGCACGAUGGCGCUGAAAUUGACAGAAAGUAUUGCGGCGCAGUUGCUCUCGGCUGGAGUCGAAGGUGAUCGUUGCCGUAGUUUAUUCAAAUCUGCAUUACAAUGGAGUUUACCAGACAUGCCUACCAUCAAAGCGAUCGUCAAUUUGGCUUGGGCUGCUUCCGGUAACAAUCUACACUCGAUCGGUACGAUUGUUGAUUUUAGCCAAAACAUUAGCAUUCCCGAGAAAACCGAUUACGCUGUUUGUAAGGAAGCGCUGGAGGUCCUUUGUAUCUCGCUGGUGCUCCAUUACGGUGCGUACGAGACACUUAGCAGAGACAACGCCUGGUCCAGCUUUAUUAUGUCGUUGGUUCUUACGAAUCCCUCACGCCAUAUUCGCCAAACUGCGUACGAGCAGUUGUUCCUCAUCAGUACUUAUUGCGCCUCCGAUCGUCGACCAUUUAUCUUCAUGGUCAAACUGCUGGUAAAACUCCUCCACACAAUCAUCCCACAGCAUCAGGAAACGUGCGCCGAGUACUUCCAACUGUUUUGUCGCAUCUUGAACUACGGAUGUUCCUAUAGUUGGCCCUUGCCGAAUUGCGAGGAGUUGCUUGUCCAGGAAAUUGAUUGGCUUCGCUCGGUGAGGGACAGUGUGAAGACCACCGGCGGUACCCAAGUUCACGACGAUCUUCUGGAGGGCCACCUUUGUCUAACGCGAGAGCUGAUGUAUUAUCUGAGUCCAGAGAUUAAGGCUCAACGAAGCGAAUUGAUAAUGGAAAUUACCGAUGAUUAUCUAUUCAGCGCUUCUCGCCAGUAUUUGCAUUUACGUCGCAACGGUCAAAUAUUAGAAAAGAAUGCUCCACCGCCAGUGUGUCGCAAUCCGCACACAAUUUCAGCGGCAUGCGAUCUGCUGGUAGCCUUAUGCCAAAACACUGUGGACAACAUGAAAAUAUUGGUAAAUACCUUGCUGGAUAUGUUCUGCGUUGGAAUCGAGCCCUUGCGAGAAUGGGAAUAUCUACCACCGGUGGGGCCGCGGCCACCACAAGGCUUUUGUGGCCUCAAAAAUGCCGGUGCUACCUGCUACAUGAACUCGGUUUUGCAGCAGCUUUUCAUGGUGCCAUCACUGCGAAUCGGAAUACUGCAAGCGCAGGGUGCUGCAGUCGAUCCAAACGAGGACUUUAGCGGAGAAUUAGAUUCUCAUACUGUUCAAGAAUGUGAUGAUUCUGUUAGGAAGAACUACCAUGUUGGAAUUCUGAAGUACGUUCAAGCCAUUUUCGCCCAUUUGGGCCACAGCGCUCUCCAGUACUAUACGCCGCGUGGUUUGUGGAGCCAUUUUAAAUUACAGGGCGAACCAGUCAACUUGCGAGAGCAGCAAGACGCCGUUGAGUUUUUCAUGUCGUUGUUUGAGAGUCUGGAUGAAGGUCUUAAAGCUUUGGGCUAUCCUCAACUAAUGGGUGCUACCCUUGGAGGGUGUUUCAGUGAUCAGAAAAUUUGUCAGGAUUGUCCGCAUCGUUACAGCAAAGAGGAACCGUUCAGUGUUUUCAGUGUAGAUAUUAGGAAUCAUAGUUCGUUAACCGACUCCUUGGAGCAAUAUGUCAAGGGUGAAAUUCUGGAAGGCGCUGAUGCUUACCAUUGUGAUAAAUGUGAUAAAAAGGUGGUAACCGUCAAACGGUUGUGCGUGCGAAAGCUACCGCCAGUUCUAGCUAUUCAACUUAAGCGUUUCGAGUAUGACUACGAGAGAGUGUGCGCGAUUAAGUUCAAUGAUUAUUUUGAAUUUCCGCGCAGGUUAGAUAUGGAACCGUAUACAGUAUCUGGUCUUGCAAAAAUUGAAGGCGAGGUGAUAGACGUCGAUGAUGAUAAAUCUGAGGAAUCUACUGAAACACGUUACCAGCUUACGGGAAUCGUGGUACACAGCGGACAGGCAUCCGGUGGACAUUAUUUUAGCUACAUUCUCCAUAAAGCUCCUGACGGUACAGAGAAAUGGUACAAAUUCGACGACGGCGAAGUCACAGAAUGCAAAAUGAACGAAGAUGAAGAAAUAAAAGCCCAAUGCUUUGGCGGUGACUACAUGGCGGAGAUUUACGAUAACAAUCUGAAGGGUACGCAGUAUAGGCGCCAGAAACGAUGGUGGAAUGCCUACAUGUUGUUUUAUACCCGUUACGAUCAUACACCGAUCUCUUAUACGAACUGCGUGGAGCAGUUGUCGCUGGCAGAAAGUAAACACUGCAUACUACCUAUGCCGACUCCAAUCGAACGAAGUGUUAGGACACAGAAUAUUCGCUUUCUUCAUGCGAAAAGCUUGUUUGCGGUGGAAUUUUUUGCAUUCAUCAAAAAAUUAGUUAGUUUACCACAAAUUCAAAGAUGCGAAAAAAUCGAAAAACUGCCACCUGCCGCGGAGGAAUUAUCUCUGCUUAGUAUGCAACUAGCUUCUCAAUUUUUGUUCCACUCAGGAUAUCGAACGAAGAAAACAAUACGGGGGGUGGCGAUUGAUUGGUACGAGACUUUAUGUCAACACAUUCGAAACUCAGCGGCAGUUCGGCAAUGGUUUGCCGCAAAUGUGUUAUUGAGUCCACCAACAAGACUGAGCGAAUAUAUUCUGGUAGCGCCGUCUCCGGAGAUCCGUUCGGUGUUUGGCAAACUAGUCGUAUUUUUCUGCCACUGUGCCGCAAAUGACGAUCCGCUGCCGGGUUAUGAUGGUAACAAUCUGUGCGAACAGGUGCUAAUUGCCGUGCUAUCGUUACUGAAAGGAGAAGUCGCUGACAAUGGAAAACAUCUCCCGCAAUACUUUAAUCUAUUUAGUCUGUAUGCCGGUUUAGGUUUCCUCGAGAAACAGCAGUUAAUAAGGCUAAACGUUCCUGCCAUCUUCAUGAAAGUAGCACUUAACGAAGGUCCUGGACCUCACAUAAAGUAUCAGUAUCCAGAUCUGAGCAAACUGCAUCAUGUGGUAUCGCAUUUAAUUCGAUCCUGUGACGUAUCGGCCAAAUGCCACAGUUCCAUCAAUAACGCGCCAGUGAAACCAAAUAUCUACAUCGACCCGCACAUAACUUAUGACAUGUUGAUGCCUCUUUCUUCGGAAUGCUGUGAUUACCUCUUCGUUAAAGUAAGUUACGUCAAACGUUUAAUUGAAGAUACAAACAUCGGAGAGGAAGGUGUGAAGCUGUUACAGUAUUGUAGUUGGGAAAAUCCUCUUUUUUCACGAAAUUUGCUUACGGAACUAUUAUGGCACUGCGGAUAUGCCUACUGGCAUACCAUGAGGCACCACACGGAACUGCUUUUGCAGUUACUGCUUAUAGAAGAUUCCUGGCAGAACCACAGGAUACACAAUGCCAUACUUGGCAUUUCCGAUGAUAGAGAAGGCUUGCUGGAUAUAAUUCAGAGAAAUAAAAUGGAUUAUCAAAAACGAGCCUAUCAGUGCAUCAAAUGCUUAGUACAGCUGUUCAACCAAAGUCGGGUGGCGCUGAGUAUGCUUCACAACACUGCAGAUCUGGCUCGCCAGUGGGCCCACGCCGUCGAAUGGCUGCAAGACGAAUUGGAUAGGCACAGAGGAUCUGGAGGGCAGUAUAACUAUAACUCCUGGUCGCCGCCUGCGCAAAGCAAUGACAAUACGAAUAGUUUUGCCCUGGAACGAUCCCAGUCUGCCAAAAACGUACUGCAAAUGGCAUUUCAACUUUGUCCAGAAGAGGAUCAAGAGGAACCAAACGAUAAUGAGAUUGAGAAUAACAUUGAACAUAACCAUGUGGCAUCACCAGCGACCACAACAGCCAUAACUGAAACAACGAAAAAUGCUUGUCAACAGAAGCAACAACCAGCAUUGCUGUUAUCGUCGUCGUACGAGGGAAACCUUAAUUCUAGUCCGUCUACUAUUACUAACGUCAGUAAACUAAUAUCUAAAGUUAAUAUUCAUUCGGAUAUGGAAUAUGAACCAUCGACGACUUCACCGGAGCUCAAAACGCCAGCUCAAAACGUGAAUUCAACGAGUAAAUCUCAUCCGGCUUCCGUUGCUGAUAGUGAAUCUGUACCGAUUUCAACCGAAAAAAUCGCAACCGAGUGUAGCAAUCCAACUCGAAAUACAUCUUCUCCCGCUACUCCAAUAACCGGCACAACAUCCAAUAGCUCGUUAACUUCUAGCAUGGAACAGCAGACAUAGGAUUUACUAAAAUCUAAAUUAUAUUUCUAUGUUUAUAAAACCAUUGAUCCCGUCAUAUUAUUUACGUUUAUAAACCCGGAAUAUGCGAUCAAGAAAAACUGUGUAUAAAUAAUAUUAUUUAUAUAAAUUAUUUAAAUUCAAAACCAAAAAAUAAAAUAAUACUGUAAUUCAAAUUUA